CUCUACGCUGUAGAAUUUUCUCUAUUUGGUUUCUCAACAGGUAUUUCGGCAAUCGUCGCCUCAGCUAAUGGAUUCGGAAGGGAGUUUUGCCACCAAGAGCAUCCAUGCCGGCUCCAAGCCUCGCGUGAACCACUCCAUGGUCUGUCCCAUCUUCCAGAGGUGAGCACACGGCUGCAGCAAGACACCCAUGCAUAGAUCUGCACAGAUCAUUCAUCGUGUGGGUCUGUCUGCUUCCAGCGCCACUUAUGAGCAACCGUCGCUGGAUCAGAGAUACGAGGACAUCAAGUACCUGCGGCUCAACAACAGCCCCACACACGAGCACCUGGAUGCCAAGAUCGGCCAGCUGGAGAAUGGAACGGCCUUGGUCCUCAGCUCGGGUAUGGAAGAUACGACCGGCACUCACUGAAGUGUAUGUGGUGCUGUCUGCCUCAGGUAUGGCGGCCAUUACGACGUCGCUGCUGGCUUUGUGCUCGUCGGGGGAUCACAUCCUGAUGCAGGACCCUUGCUAUGGCGCAUCAACUGUUUUCGCCACUCACGACUUGACCAGGUUUGGCAUGGACGUCACCUUCUUCAACAGCUUCGACGUCCAGAGGUGGGUACACACGCAAUCAAGCUGCUCGCGAAUUGACAGGCCACUGCUCGCUUCCCCCUCCUUGCCGUCCGUCAGUAUCGAUGAGGUGCUGUCGCUGCUGCGGCCCUCCACCCGGGUGAUCUACGUCGAGUCGAUCGCCAACCCCCUCACGCGCAUCCCCAACAUGCCGGUCAUCAUCGAGGCGGCAAAGCUGUUCGGCGAGCGGCACGGCACACGCAUCAUCACCAUGAUCGACAACACCUUCGCCACGCCCUACAACUUCCGCCCGCUGGACUGCGGAAUCGACGUGGUGCUCCACUCGGGCACCAAAUACUUGAACGGCCAUUCCGACAUCUGUGCAGGUACACCAAUCACAUCGAUGGCAUGUGGGAUGGAUGGAGGGAAGGGCGAUCGUCAUUUCCUUUUCUCUAUCUUACUUACUGCUGCGUGCCGUGCAGGUGUGGUUGUGGUGCGCGACAAGUCUCUGAUGGAGAAGAUACAGACCAUGGCGACACACCUCGGGCCGUGCCUUGACCCCAACUCGUGCUUCCUUCUCGACCGAGGCCUCAAGACCCUCCCACUCCGCAUCCAGCAGCACAAUGACAACGCCCUCCGACUCGCACAGUUCCUCGAGAGCCAUCAAUCCGUUGCGAGAGUCAACUAUCCAGGUCGGCCACACCCACACACAACCAUGCCUCCUCUAUCGCUCCCUCAUCUGUGUGUGCAGGCCUCGAGAGCCACAAGGACCACGCCAGGGCCCUGUCGCUCUUCACUCCGCACCAAAGUCAUCACGGCAAGGUCACCGACGGCACGGCCAAUGGCACAGACGGCCAUGGGUCAUCCGUAGGGUGCGGCGGCAUGCUGUCGUUCGAGCUGGCCAGCGCAUCCCUCGAAGCAGCUGGGAGAUUCGUUUACGCGUUGCAAGUGGCGACGAUGGCGCCGUCUCUGGGGUCUGUCGAGACACUUGUGACCAUCCCUGCACGAUCUUCGCAUGCCGGUGCGGUGAGGGGGUGAAAGCCGGGAGGAAGGAAGUUCUCGCGCCCUCUGUCUUAUGUGCGUGUGUCAUAUGCAGGCCUGUCUGCUGAGGAGCGUCAGCGAGCGGGUGUGUCGGAGUCGCUCAUCAGGGUCUCGGUCGGAUUGGAAGGCAUCGAGGACCUCAUCGAGGACUUUCAGACGGCGCUCAAGCAAGUGUAGGUCGCCGGUGGAAUGGACGAAUCGGUGGAGGGAGGGGUGUUUGGCCAAGAGGGCCAAACGCGCGAGAUAUUUGAGUUUUUGCUGUUGCCAUGCUGCGUUUUGUUUGGUCAAUCCAUGUGUGUGCAUUGCAUGAUUGAUGAAUGGCGAGACGUGUUUGUCUGUGUGUGGACGGACGGCUGACACGGCGCCGUGUGGACAAAUGAUUCAACCAUCGUGGCCGGUGCG